CGUGUGCGCGCCGGGCAUGGGGGAUGGGGCGGCGAGCUGCAGCCCGCGGAGGCUGCGGUGGCGGCCGUGAGAGUUCGUCAGGCGUCCGCGUCGGGCACGCGGGAUGGGGCCCGCGGAUUUCAGUUUUCCUGACUGUCAUAUGAGAGGAUGAUUGCUCACAAACAGAGAAAGGCAAAGAAGAAGCGCGUUUGGUCCACAGGCCAGCUUUCCACUGAUGGUAUAGUUUCUGAAAUGGGGCUCAAGUCUGUCAGCUCCACCAGCUCCAUUUUCGAUCCGGAUUACAUCAGGGAGCUGGUGAAUGACAUCAGGAAGUUCUCCCAUAUGUUGCUGUAUUUGAAAGAAGCCAUUCUUUCAGACUGUUUUAAAGAAGUCAUUCACAUACGCCUAGAUGAACUUCUCCGUGUUUUAAAAUCUGUAAUGAGCAAGCAUCAGAACUUAAAUUCUAUUGAUCUUCAAAAUGCUGCAGAGACACUUGCCACGAAAGUGAAAGCUGUGAACUUUACAGAAGUUAAUGAAGAAAACAAAAACGACCUAUUCCGUGAAGUAUUUUCUUCUAUCGAAGCUUUGGCAUUUACCUUUGGAAAUAUCCUCACAAAUUUCCUUAUGGGAGAUGUAGGAAAUGAUUCAAUACUACGACUGGCUGUUUCUCGGGAAAAUAAGUCCUUUGAAAACAUCUCUGUGGACUCCGCGGAUCUAUCCAAUGAGAAAGGAACGUUUUCCCCUAUUGACCUAGACAACGUGCUGCUAAAGAACACUGACUCUGUAGAAUUGGCUUUGUCAUAUGCUAAAACAUGGUCAAAAUAUACCAAGAACAUAGUGUCAUGGGUUGAGAAAAAGCUCAACUUGGAGUUGGAGUCAACUAGAAAUAUUAUAAAACUAGCAGAGGCGACCAGAUCUAACAUUGGACUACAGGAGUUCAUGCCGCUUCAGUCUUUGUUUACCAACGCUCUUCUUAAUGAUAUAGAAAGCAGCCAGCUUUUACAACAAACAAUUGCAGCUCUCCAAGCCAACAAAUUCGUGCAGCCUCUGCUUGGGAGAAAAAAUGAAAUGGAAAAGCAAAGGAAAGAAAUAAAAGAACUUUGGAAGCAGCAACAAAAUAAACUGCUUGAAACAGAGACCGCUCUCAAAAAGGCCAAGCUGUUAUGCAUGCAACGGCAAGAUGAAUAUGAAAAAGCCAAGUCUUCCAUGUUCCGGGCAGAAGAGGAGCAGCUGUGUUCAAGCGGGGGAUUAGUAAAAAAUAUCAACAAACAGCUUGAAAAAAAGCGGAGAUUGGAAGAGGAGGCUCUUCAAAAAGUAGAAGAAGCAAAUGAACACUACAAAGUUUGUGUAACAAAUGUUGAGGAGAGACGAAAUGAUCUAGAAAAUACCAAAAGGGAAAUUUUAACACAACUUCGGACACUUGUUUUCCAGUGUGAUCUUACCUUGAAAGCUGUAACAGUUAACCUCUUCCAGAUGCAGCACCUACAGGUUGCCUCCCUUGCAAACAGUUUACAGUCUCUCUGUGAGAGUGCCAAACUCUAUGACCCAGGCCAAGAGUACAGUGAAUUUGUAAAGGCGACAAACUCAGCCGAACUAGAAGACAAGGUUGAUGGGAAUGUAAAUAAACAAUUAACAAAUAGUCCCCGGACAUCUGGAUAUGGACCUGCUGACUCUUUAGAGGACGUCGGGCGCCUUCCUGACAGGUGUAAUAAAAUUGAAGAGGACAGGUGCUCUAACAGCGCAGACGCGACAGGUCCUUCUUUUACACGCUCAUGGACAUUUGGGAUGUUCAGUGAUUCAGAGAGUACUGGAGGGAGCAGUGAAUCUCGAUCUCUGGAUUCAGAAUCUAUUAGUCCAGGAGACUUUCAUCGAAAACUUCCACGAACUCCGUCCAGCGGAACUAUGUCUUCGGCAGAUGAUCUUGAUGAAAGAGAGCCUCCGUCUCCUUCAGAAGCUGGACCCAAUUCCCUUGGAGCAUUUAAGAAAACAUUGAUGUCAAAGGCAGCCCUUACUCACAAGUUUCGCAAAUUGAGAUCCCCAACGAAAUGCCGGGAUUGUGAAGGGAUUGUAGUGUUCCAGGGUGUUGAAUGUGAAGAGUGUCUCCUUGUUUGUCACCGGAAGUGUUUAGAGAAUUUAGUCAUCAUCUGUGGUCAUCAGAAACUAAUGGGAAAAAUACACUUAUUUGGAGCAGAAUUCACACAAGUUGCAAAAAAAGAACCAGAUGGCAUUCCUUUGGUACUCAAAAUAUGUGCCUCCGAAAUUGAAAGCAGAGCCUUAUGUCUACAGGGAAUUUAUCGUGUUUGUGGAAACAAAUUAAAAACUGAAAAACUCUGUCAAGCUUUGGAAAAUGGAAUGCACUUGGUAGACAUUUCAGAAUUUAGUUCACAUGACAUCUGUGAUGUCUUGAAGUUAUACCUGCGACAGCUUCCAGAACCAUUUAUUUUAUUUCGAUUAUACAAGGAAUUUCUAGACCUUGCAAAAGAGAUACAGCAUGUAAAUGAAGAGCAAGAAACAAAAAGGUACAGCCCUGAGGAUAGAAAGUGCCCAAACAUGUGCAUAGAAAUAAACAGAAUUCUUCUAAGGGGCAAGGACCUCCUAAGACAGUUGCCGGCGUCCAAUCUGAACAGUCUUCAUUACCUCAUACUCCAUCUCAAGCGGGUGGUAGAUCAUGCAGAAGAAAACAAGAUGAACUCCAAAAACUUGGGGGUGAUAUUUGGACCAACGCUCAUCAGGCCACGGCCCACGACUGCUCCUGUCACCAUCUCUUCCAUCGCUGAAUAUUCCAGUCAGGCUCGGUUGGUAGAGUUCCUCAUUACCUACUCGCAGAAGAUCUUCGACGGGUCCCUGCAGCCGCAGGAGGCUGUGUCUGGAACAGGCGCUGCUGGACCUCAGCUUGACCACGGCGCUCUCCCAAAACCUCUCUUGUCCCCAGAUGAAAGAGACUCAGAACAUCUUAUGAAGUCACUGUUCUUUUCUUCAAAGGAACAGGAUAUCCAAGCUGCCGAUUGUGAGAGCAAAAUGUUUGAAUCAACUACAUCCUUUGAAGAAUCAGAACGCAAGCGAAAUGCAUUGGAAAAGUGUGACACAUGCCUCACUGACAACAAGAUACAUUUGCUUCUUGAUCAAGAGCUUGAAUCAGGAUCUCAAAAAGUGGAGGAGAACUGUAAAACUCCCAAGCUGCUUAUUCCCAGGUCUGACAGGGCAGCAGGCAGUGUGCAGAGGCACACUCCCAGGACCAAGCUGAGGCCCGUCAGCCUGCCUGUAGACCGACUUCUUCUCGCAAGCUCUCCUACUGAGAGAGGAGGCAGAAAUGUGGGAAGUGUAAGUUCAGACAGGCUUGGCAAGAAUCCUGCCUUUGAAGGACUCAAUAGAAAAGACACCUCAACCACUACUUGCUCCAAAUUUAAUGGCAUUGACCAGCAGAAUCUGCAAAAACCCUGGGAUAAACAGUAUGAACGGAGCAGUUCAGUUGCCAAGGCUACCGUGGGUGUGCCCAGCGCACUCCCCGAGAAAGGGUUGACGAGUGUCAGGAACAGUGGGGACCAGAAUUCUGCCAGUGCCACGCAGUCCAGCAGGCCAUGCACGGAGCCAGCCAGGUCAGCAAGAGAGGCGUCAGAGAGACGGGCCUCGGACUCCUGCCCCCUGGCCGCUGGCCGCGCGCCCAGAACACUGCAGCCGCAGCACUGGACCACCUUCUACAAACCGCGGGGGGCGCCGGGGAAGCCUGCCCCCCUCUCUGCCUCCGCCUCCGUGCCCCAGAGCCCCGUGGUGAAGUCCGAUCUGGACCCUGAGGGCACAGGCGCACAGCUGGGUGGCCAGCCGAAGGAGAGCUCAGAGGAGCAGGGCUGGCCUGCCGGGAGCCCAGCGUGCCAGAGACCAAGGCUAAAACGAAUGCAGCAGUUCGAAGACCUUGAAGAUGAAAUUCCACAGUUUGUGUAGGACUCACCAAUCAGGGUUGUUGUUGUUGUUGUUGUUGUGUUUGUGGUGUUUGUUUUGUGAAAGAGUGUUUUGACGGGGCCCCUUUUGUACAGGAUUGCCAAAGCAUGGAUUUGCUGAUGGUCCUCGUGGUGUUUAUCAUAGUAGGUGUUAGAACGUUUUGAUAGGGCCACACUUGUGCCUCACUGGAGUUAACUUUAAAUUCAGUUUUUCAAAGUUGUGAAUAAGAUAGGUGGAUUCAGUUUUGAAAAUUCUAUUGAUUUUUCCCCAUAAAAUUACCCAUUUAAAUGCAACCCUAAUAUAUGAUAUAUAUGAUAUAUUUCUCAACUAACAGGUGCAAUUGGGGAAAAUCAGCUUUAUUGCUUUUUUUUAAAUGAAACUGUUUAUUUAUAAAAUGUUUCUGAAUACAAGUGCCUAGAAGAUACGUUGUGAUUUUUUUUCUCCUUCACAAUUCUGUAGGGCAUCUUUGACCAUUUGUGCUUCUCUGGUUGUAUGUGAGCCAUUAUUUUCCAAUUGGCAAUUCACUUUUUAAUAUUUGCAUCAUGGCCAAAAAGCUUGCAGGUCUGUACUUGCAUUUUAAUUGUCAGUUUUUACAUGUGGUGGUUAAAUUGUAAAAAGAAAAUGCACUUAAGCUUAUUUCUAAAUUGUAUAGUUCAGUUACCUCCUCUGUGACUUGAGAUGUUUUUCAUACAUCUGAUAUUUUUUUUAUCCCUUAGCUUUGUCUAUAUAAAUGUUAUUUUUCAACUGUUGUGAAAUUUUUCGUACUUUAUACUGUGGUCCAAAAAGAAAGGUAGUUGUUUCAGAAAUUUUACAAUUCAACACAUUUCCUCUUUAUAAUGUCUGGGGUUUGUUAAAGCCAUUCCUUUUGUAUAAAUGUUUUGACUCAUGAAUCAUUUUAUAUACUUUUCUACCUGGACUGUCAGCCACUGAAAAUGGUUCCUUCAAAUUGACCAGCAAUUUAUUUAAGUUGAUUCUGAGAGUACAGUUCAGUAGGCCUCAUGUUUAGAAUUCUGUGAGAAAGUUUAGAUAAUUGGAUCUGUUUCAUUUAUAACAUACCCAGUUUUUAGAAGUAAUACAUUCCUGUUAUUCUCUGGGUAUCAUAGUUUUGUCUAAAACAGGAUAUGAAAGGGACUAAAAUAGCCUUUUUGUAUGUGUGAAUUAUAUUAUGCUUUUAUAUGCCCUUGUUAUAUUUGAUAAAUAUAAAUAUAUGUAUAUAUUAACUUGCUAAA